AUGGCCUUCAGAGUCCUUCUCUCACUUUUGACCGUCACGGACCUGUGUGCCGCGGAGCCUGUGCUCUUUGAGCCCGACCCCUUUAGCAGCGGACAGCAGCAGCAGCUUCGGGGGCAGGCAGAGGAGAGUGAUCCUUUCGGCGACAUCGUCGAAGAUCAUGGCCGAAGCGAGAAGUGGUUGAGGGACAUCAGCACCCGGACCAAGAAUCACUUCAAGAAGCUGCUGAAGCCCCUCCAGACUCCGAUAGUGCAGGAGUACCAGAUCCUGAAAAUCCUGGAUGGAUACGCCAACUACACGAUGCAGAUGGUUGCAAACGCCACGGGCCAUGACGUCGUCUGGAACCGCACUGGUCGUUGGCUUUCUGAGCUUUCCGAGGAGGAGCCAAGGGAGCUGCGCAAGCAGGAGCUUCCACCCAGGGCGCGCUACAUCAACAAGAUCCUGAUCUACCUGAACAAGGAGAUGGAUGUCGUGUGGAAUCUGAAGACCAUUGUCGACCGAAAGCGCUGGGGUGUCGGAAACGUCAUCACUUCCUCGCCCUAUGGCCCACACGGUGAACACCCGGAGCGCUGGCGUGCGAACGGCUCGUUUCCGUUUCCCACGCUGCCGAACAGCACCAUUCUCCUGCAGGACAAGAAGAUCAACUUGGUGAUCCGCAUCAAGCCCGACAUCGAAGAGCACGAGAACAAGUAUGCGAAGCAGCUCCAAGCCGACUACGAAUCCUUGGUUCACAACAUCAACGACGCCAGUCAGAAAAUCAGCGAUCUCCGGACCAGGCUCUGGAAGAUGGAAGAUUUUGCGCAGCAGUUCAUUGUCCUUCCGUCCGGUGUGUGGAACAAGAUCGACGCGAACUAA